CAUGACUAAUUGUUGAUGUCCAAGAAGGUAGGAGAUAGAUGCCAAGUUGAACUUGGGGAAAGACGAGGCAUUGUGAAAUUUGUGGGUCAAGCAGAAACACUUGCUCCUGGGUUUUGGGUCGGAGUUCAGUAUGACGAACCAGUUGGAAAACACGAUGGCAUGGUGAAGGGAAAACGGUACUUCAGCUGUCCUCCCCUUCAUGGUGGGAUGGUCCGACCAGAUAAAGUAAAGGUGGGGGAUUAUCCUGAACGCGAUCCCUUCGAAGAAGAGGAAAUAUAGUUAUUGACAAGGAAGAUAUUUUAUUUGAUGUGAUCUCUGUUUGUGAUUGAAUUUUAAUGAGAUUGUUGAUGAGGGGAGUGUGAGUCCCAUCGCCCAUAUUCAUGUCCGGUGCUCAGGACUCAGGACCAAGUGCUGCUUUGUUUCUUGCAGCAUGAUUGGUUUAUUUGGAAU